GUAAAUUCCAAAAAAAUAAAAUAAAAACGAAGAGUUAUAUAAGGUGUUUAAGCCAGAAUACCGUCUUCCCGGAUUUCUGGAUGCCGGAUAAGAGAUCCGGCACUGCAUUGACAUUCCAUAACCGACUUCACUAAUAAAGUAGCGAUGUCUGUCAAUCCAAACACAACUUCCUUAAAAUCUGGUCUUCCGCCGGUGUUCAAUGUAAUUUUGUUCCGUCUUACGUUUCGGCUGCAAAGACGAACGUACGCCAGCUGCUAAAUAUUGACUAUUUGUUUACUUGUUAUGGGUUAACAAGGAUUGUCGGUCGUGUAUUGACGUCAUUUUUGUUUUUGUCAUUGUUUCCAUGUAGCAUUUAGUUUUAUCGUUAGUUUAGUCGCCAUCAAUAUCGUCACAUAAUUGUCCACCUAAACAAAUUGUUAACUAAACAUUCAUGACUAGACCAACGUGUGACGGAAACAGCCGAUAACAACCUCGCUCACUCAUUCUCUACCUCUCUAUAUUCUCUCUUUUCAUCCUGUUUCUCUUUCUUUAUUCUCCUCUAAUUUUUUCGCCACCCUCCUUCGCCACCAUCCUCACCUAUCUCUUUCUCGUUCAGUAUUUCCUCUUCCCCUCUCUCUCUCUCUGUUUUAUUACUUUCUCCAUCCUCCCCUUCAGUGUGCUCAUACUUUCUUCGCCUUUCCCUUUCUUAUCCUCCUAUUUAUUCCUUACCUCCCCAUCUCUCCUCUCUUCUUCCUACUCAAUCCUUUCGCUUCUUCCCACUUCUCUCUCUCGCUGCCCCCCCCCUAUAUCUAUCUCUCUAUCAAGCCUCGUUCUCGACCACUCGUGGUGCUGUUAUAACGUGUUGUGCCAAGCUCUGUACUCACAAUUUAUCAUCAACAACCGGCGAAAAUGGAGUCUAAUAAACCCCCGUUAUUGUGAUUAACUCUUGACUCCUGGCUUGGUUUGGCCUGGCCCCACUUGCUUAAAUGCCUGAUACAUGUAGAUGACACCUCCACGCAUAAUACACAACACACACACACAUAUAUAUAUUAAUAUACAUUAUACUUUAGGUCUGUUGAGGCGACUAAGUCUAGCGUAAGGUUCACUACUAUGUGUACCUUUUUAUUUCUUUUGCCCGCCAAUCCCUUUAAAUAAUGUGGUAUCUAUGGCCCCAUUAGCUCGUAUCGACAGCGCAGCAGGCGAGCCUCAUCUGAGCUUUUAUAAACUUCAUAUAGUUUAACCCUUGUGAUACGUCUACACUCAUACGAAUACUUAAUGCGACCUUUCUAGUCCUUCAGUAAGAUAUACACACACACACACACAUACACACACUAUGGACAUUGCACAUUUCUACAUUUCUGUGCCAUUUACGUAUAUUCGUUGUUAAAGGUAGUUGAAGAAUUCGUGUUACGAACGACAUAAGAAAUCAUGGAUUCUGUGUCGUGUCGUGAAAUUAUAACUAGACUGAACUGGGCCAUAUCGAACGAGAAACACCCGUUCGAUUCUUCGGAUUGCUCCUCGGCCCUGCACCAAGCUCUGUUGAAGUUGAGGACCUCGUUCUCUCGCAACAAGGAGGCUAGGAAUAAACUGAUCGAACUCAACAUUGUGCCCAAGUUGUUCAGCCUGUUGAAGAAACCUCAGAGAUACUUCAACGAAGAGCCGGUACCAGAAAGUGGAAAACAGCUGCAUCACAAUCGAGAGGGGAAUCAACUGCAACGGCUGCAACAUGAAGAAGCAGCGACCGAAAAAGGGAAUGGGAUAUCGGCCACUGAGACGAAAGAUUAUUUGAGUCAUUCGAAAGAAAUUGGAGGACACGACAUCAAGAACAAGAUGCCAGGUACUGUUAAGAGACUUGAGAGAUUCGGUCCCGAUCCGUCCAGUAACCAGGACAGCAGAGUUCCAUCAUCCAAUACCGAUAAUAAAGAAAUUCUCACAUCAGCAGCUACACCGACUUCAACAACAACAUCGUCGUCGUCGUCGUCGGCAUUGUCAACUGGUGGUGAUGGCCGGAACAAGUCUGCGAACGGAUGGCAAGAUGAUGGUGCUGGUGGUGCUACCGUCGUCUCCCAGCGUUGCUCAAACGAUGGCAGCAAAAAGGCGAACGACAUUACAGACCUUCUGCUCAGCGUCCUCGGUAAUUUUUGCGUGGAACAGACUGUCAGGAAACAGGUUCUCAAAUAUCAAGGAAUCAGAGUUCUCCAAAGCAUUCUUUUGGAGAGCAACAAAGAGAGCAUCCAACGUCGUUGUUGCCGAACUCUGGCCAACCUUGCCAUGGAUUGUGCGUGUCGUAGGAUCAUCCACAAGACAGACAUUACACAGCGAAUCGUUCAACUCCUCGAGUAUACCAAUGACUCUGAGUGCCAACUAACAUACUGUCAUACACUCAGGUUAUUUGCUGAUUCCACCCAGCUGAACAAAACCAUUAUCAACUACAAUGGUAUAGCUGUUCUGUCUCGUCUCUCCAAGUUUGCUCCACACAUGGUCAAGUCUGCUGCUGUUAAGACAAUGGCUGACUUAGGACGAACCAAUUGUUCGGUAGAAUUUGCCCAGCAAGUGUUAACUGCAGACGGCCUUAUUACAUUGGUCGAAAUCUCCAACCAAGGUGGCACUCUGUCGCAAAAUGCCCUCCGAGUGCUCAUCUACCUGAGUCGACACAACUUCAUACGUCCGCCACUCGGUAGCUCGGGAGGAAUCCAGACAAUGAAGAACAAGUUUGACGACGAAGUGUCAACUGUACGUAAAAUUGAAAUACUCAAUGCACUGUGUUUGUUUUGUAACGAGGCUGUGAACCGAGUGAAACUACGCCAAAGUGAUGUGUUGAUGCUGUUUAUCGAAGCCCUCAAAGAUCUGAUUUACAGUACUCUUCACAACCGCAUAAUCAGUGCCCUAGUGAACUUCCUCUAUGAUGAAGUGAGCUUUGAUAUGCUUUUGGAGAGGGGGCUUGUCCCUGUUUUAUUUAUUCAUCUUCAGCGGUGCGCUGGUUUCUCGUUUAACUUGCCAAAAACGGGGCCGUUUGUAAAGUCCCUCAUUGAAAACAUUGUGAGUUAUCCAACCAAAAAGCGUACGAAAUUCUCUGAUGGAAGCGAAGAGGAAGGUAAAAAUUCCUUCUCCUCAAAAAAAUAUUCUAAGCUCAGUGAGAACAGCAACAGUGAUUCCAGACUUAAAGACAGUUCAGUUUUGCAAGAAGUCUCCCCUAAAAAAUUAAAACCUGGCUUUAAAGGUUCACCACCGACAGAGCAAAACAGAAGUGAUAAACUUCUUGUAAAAGAAAAUGAGAAAGAGGCUGGAGCAAAAUGUGUUUCAACAAAUCUCUCAAAUACUACAAAAGACUCAGAUGCUGAUCUCAGCUGCUCAGAUUCCUUGACGAAUGUUCCAAAAGAUAAUUGUAAAUCUUCUCCUGUAAAUGUUAAUUUAGAAACGAAAUUUAUGGAAACUGAACCAGUGACAAGUGAAGAUAAAAUACAUUCCUCAAACAGUUGUAAAAGACCGUUGUCAGAAGUGGACAGUUACCAUUCUUCUGAGGCAGCAUUGGAAUCUGAAAGUCCCCAAAUGAAAUUUUUAAAGCAAGAAGCAUCGGGGACAAAAGAACUUCCAAAUAGACAUAGAUCAGAAUCUUUAAUUUUACCCUUAAGUGGAGAAGAUGAUGAUGACUGUGGUGAUAGUGGUGUUGGUUGUGAUGACGACUGUGGGAAGGAUAAUGUUGUCGAUGACGAUGAUAAGGAUAAGAUUGGUGUUGAUGAGAAUAUUGAAGGAAAUAUUUGUCAUCAGGUUUCGGCACCAUCUGAGGAGGGCAAAAAGAAAGAACAAGAACAGACUCCACAACGCUAUGUGUUUCGCAUCGACAGCCCCACCUACCAAACCGAUGUAAAGUGGAGUGCAGACAAUUUCACUGACGGCCAGACUUGUAAGCAGGAUUUUGGCAAUGAAGUGUCAAAUGGGUCUUCAGCGCUUAGUCCCUUCAGUAACUCCUCUUACCACUCCCCAGACUGGAGCCCAGAUUACAGCUCUCAGUUACGAGAUGAUUUCAGUUCUGAAGAUAGUGAUGAUGACAGAUCUCAAGAUGACCUGCAGGAUCCAGCUGCCAUGGUUACUUCGAAAACAGUCUCGGCUACUGGUGACAGCGUCGGAAAGGAACAAUCAAGUUCUGUAGCAUUGGCAACAGCAGACACACUUAAAGGAUGGAGAAAGACCAGAAAGAAAUCAUCCCAUUCUCCUGUAAAAGAUUUAUCCCCCAACAGUGUGGAGAAUGAGGAAUUCACGAAAAGCCUUUAUAAGAAACGGGAGAAAAUGAUGCUGAGUGAUUGCCAUGUGGCACUUCGCACCACAGAGAACAACAUUUUGGUGUUGCUUUCUCGAGUGUCUCAGAAAGAAAAUCCAUCCAAAUUUUUAGCCACUGUAGAAAGCUUCUGGUGUUUGCUUUAUUUGUCUCUUUUUAGGUGCCGAAAUGUUCAAGAGAAACUCUUAGUAAAAUUCCGUGGUUUUGAUCUCCUGCUGAACAUCAUUAAAAAUGAACCGGAAAGCUACUUGUCGAAGGUUGUUAUAUUGGGUCUAAAUUACUUGUCGCGUCACCUCAAUGUGACGACAUCUUUACAGAACGUUGACAGACAACAGGUCUAUCCGAAACAGACUCUGCCUGGAAACAACUCCUCGGACACCCAAGACUGCUGUUUGAGUAACACAAAGAGAAACACAGCAUUUGUAACGGACAAUGGUAAAAAAAUCCUUGUGAAUCAGGAAGCUGUGACGAGUCGAUCAGAAGUGUUCAGCGCUAUGCUUCUCAGUGAUUUUGUUGAGGCUGAAACACACGAGGUAAAGAUUGGUUACACAACCCCACAAGCUCUAGAGGUCAUCGUCCAUUAUCUACACGGUUGCAGCUUGAAGUGUUUUACCAUCCAACAGCUUCACUGGCCGAAAACUAAACUAACUAAGAAUGACUUGCUCAACAUAAUGGGCCUAACUGACCGUUAUAUGCUGGACAAACUGCGGAAAUAUCUUGCCUGUGUUAUUUUUCAGUGUUACCUUGACGAAAAGACAGCUGAUGCAUUUUACAAUGCAGCUGUAUUGCACAGCUACAAUGAUCUCAGCAAGGAUUGCAUAAAAUAUUGUUUGGGUCAAGUGUGCCUGGGCAAGAGGUCAAUAGACUGCCUUUUGCGCUUUCUUAACGGACCAAACCAUGAAGUGUUCCUUUCUUCAGUGAAAGAGAUGUUCAUAAAGCAUAUUGUCAGUGAGAAUGCAGUGCCAAAAUAAGAUGAGAGAGAGAAUGAGUGAGUGAGUGAGUGACCAAUCCAAUUUUGGUAGCUUGUUUAGGUUAAAAACUCCAAAAAGACAAAAAAAGUCUGAAAUUCUUGUCUUAAAAAGACAUCGAUGUCUUCCGUUAAACCAGAUUCAGGUUAGUCAUCAUUAUACGCAUUUGCAAGCCCUUUGCCUAUGCUAUGUAUCAUGUGAUAUAUAGGAUCCAUUUCCAUGGCUUCUAUGCAUCAUAUAUGAUACACUCUCACAGUUUUUUUUUUUUCAACCACCAGAAUAAUUUGGGACUUAACCCUGUCAAGUGUAAUGCUUAUUUAUUCACAUUUUAUCAAGCAUUAUCUUGUGGCCUUGAGGUUUCGAUAACGGGAGGGUUUAAUUUUUUGGAAUAACAUUGUAGGAUAGGUAUGAGAAGCCAGAUCUGGCUAGUUUUAACAUAAAACAAGUAGAUUAUUUAGGCCGGAUAUGGCCAGUUUAAAGGGUUAAGAAAGAAAAAGUUUAUAUUACUCUAUACACUAUGAAACAGGGGCUUACUAAAGGUCUGAAAACAAGAAUGGAUGUUUAGAACAAACUUAUAAAAAUCCUUUGGACAGGUAGAAGAUUAAGCACACACACACACACUAAUUUACUCCCCCCCCCCUUUACCUUUUUACAGUAUCAGCAUCCAUGAUUGCAUAUAUAUAUGAACUGGAAGUUCAUAUAGGCUCAUAUAGCUUCAUAUAGGUACAAUCUAAGGUUAUAAUGCUGUAGAAUGUCAAUGACCAGGUUUUAGAUGUGUAUUGAAGGACUUCAGAAUUGCUAGUUAUAAGCAGAAAUUUGAAUGAAUUCAAUGGUGCAUGUGUUAAAUAAGCAGCAAAAAAAAUGACUCUACCAAAAUGCUAUGCUAUCAUAUCUGUAUAAAUGUAAACAAACAAA